UUUCACUCUGCCUGCUUCUGUCACUUGCACGCUUUCAGUGUGCAUGAUGGAUGCCCAGAGCAGGCUGACUAUUUCCAAUCAAGACCCUCAGGAUGUGUUUGAGCUGAUGAACCGGCUGGGCAGCGGCAGCUAUGGAGAAGUUUUUAAGGCAAGGAACAAGGUGAGUGGGGAGAUGGCUGCUGUGAAAAUUGUCAAGGAGGAAUCUGAUGAAGACUUCUCUGUAAUUCAACAAGAAGUUAUAAUGCUGAAGAGCUGUGCUCACAAAAACAUAGUAGCAUAUUAUGGAAGCUAUAUGAGAGGUAGUAAGCUGUGGAUUUGCAUGGAGUUCUGUGGAGGCGGUUCGCUUCAGGACGUAUAUCAAGUCACAGGAGCCUUGUCUGAGCUUCAGGUGGCAUAUGUGUGUAGAGAGACCCUCCAGGGUCUGGCUUAUCUUCAUAAUCAAGGAAAGAUACACAGAGAUAUUAAGGGAGCCAAUAUUCUUCUAAAUGACGAUGGAGAUGUUAAACUAGCUGAUUUUGGAAUUUCAGCUCAACUCACAGCAACCUUUGCCCGGAGAAACUCGUUCAUUGGAACACCUUACUGGAUGGCUCCAGAAGUGGCUGCAGUGGAGCUGAAGGGGGGAUACACAGAGCUGUGCGAUGUUUGGUCUCUUGGAAUUACAGCCAUUGAGCUCACUGAACUACAACCACCUAUGUUUCACGUACACCCCUUAAGGGUUCUCUUUCUGAUGUCUAAAAGUGGCUACCAACCCCCUAAACUGAAGGACAAGUCAAAAUGGUCCCCAGCUUUCCACAACUUUAUCAAAAUAGCAUUGACUAAAAACCCCAAGAAGAGACCAAGUGCCUCCAAGAUGCUGACACACCAGUUUGUUGCUCAGACAGGACUCUGUCCUUUUCUAACACAAGAAUUACUGGAAAAGUUAAGAAACCCAGAAAAACACAGUGAAAAUUCAAACCCUGAAGAGGAUGACACAGAGCUCUUCUCAGCAUUCUCUCGCAUCCUCUCCAAAAAACACCAACCCAAAGCCAACCGUUCAUCCUCAGACAUUCAAUUGCGCCAGCUAAAGAAUAAGACACAAAAGGAAGAACCAAGUGUAGCAAGGGCUGACCCAGAAUUGGGCCCUCAGGUACCUCAAAGUCCACCCCCAGGGCCAUACAUAAGCUUCUGCUCUGAUGAUGAUGAAGAUGAUGACGAUGACUAUGACGAUGUUGAUAUACCUGGCAGUGUGGACCUCUAUAAUGACAUAUCUGCUGAUGAGUCUCCCCCUCCGCUUCCCCCUAAGCCCAGAUUUCGCACCUCCUCUGCUGAUGUAAAACGGGAUCAGGAUCGCCUACACACUCCUAGCACUUUGGUACGAUGCUCCAGUGGACCCAGUGCACCAAGUGCACCCAGAAAUGCAGCACAAGCUUUUCAGGAAAGUUUAAGGAAACAGUUGUCCGCAGCUAGUUCUGAACCAUCUCUCUUGAUACGUGACCUUCAGUCUUUGUCUCCCCCUUCUCUACCACCGAAGCAAGGAAGAACACAAGCAAAACAGGGAGAGUUCCAACUGAAAAAGAUAUUUAAUGGAUGUCCUCUGAAAAUCCAUUCAGCAACCACCUGGAGACAUCCUACAACCAAAGAUAUGCAUGUCAUCCUGGGAGCUGAGCAGGGGAUCUAUACUCUAAACCUCUCAGAGUCACAGGCUUCCCUUGACCUGCUGACUACUGGCUGGACAACUUGGGUCUAUUCCAUCAACAAUGUAUUAAUGUCCAUAACCGGGAAAGCCUUCCAGUUGUACUCACACAGUCUCCUGGCUCUUCAUGAACAGAUACGGAAAGAAUCCCGUUUGGCUCACAUUCCAACACACAGACUGCUGCCCAGAAAGAAAUCUGCAUCCACCAAGAUUCCAGACACUAAAGGGUGCAAGAGAUGUUGUGUUGCUCAUGAUGGUGUGCGUGAUAGUUGGUUUUUGUGUGUAGCGAUGGAAACCAGUGUACUCUUGUUGGAAUGGUAUCAACCACUUGAAAAGUUUAUGUUAAUGAAGCAUUUUGAUUUUCCCCUGCCCUGUCCCCUGACAAUAUUUGAAAUGCUGGUGGUGCCAGGAGAACAAUACCCUCUUGUUUGCAUUGGGGUCCGCAAAGGGUCAUCCUCUAAUGGCAGAAUCCAGCUCCAGACCAUCAACCUCAGCUCUCUGAGCUCCUGGUUUACAGACAGUGGAGAAGUGGGCUCAUGUUCAGGCCGAGUACAGGUAGCGGAGAUUGGCUGUGACCAAUUCUUGGUACUCACAAACAACACACUAAACGUGGUGGAUCACCAUGGAGAACCCCUACACACGUCUUGUGUCCCAAAUAUCUUUUUCACUUUUCCGGUAGACUCAGUAGCGGUUUCUGGGGAGUAUGUCCUUGUUUUGAGAAGCAAAGGUUUCCAGGUGUUGAGGCUGCAGACUGCCGAGGUGAUUGUUGAAUGCUCAGACCGCAGUUUACGUCUGCUGUCCUCAGACAGUAGAAAGAUCAUUGUGGAGGCCCCUCAGUCCGGUAACAGCAACACAACCAACUUAUAUAUCCAUGAAUGUGCUGGCCAGACAUGCUCAGGAUUUGGACAGUGACAAGUAAUGAGUCGGUUACAAAUCUACCCAACCUUCAGGCAGACACUUAUGGCUGUUUCAGUGGGGGAGCAGCCUGGCCUGUGUACAGUUGGCCCCAAAAAGAGACAAUGCAUGGAAUUUCUUAGAACAGGCUCCCCUCUUUCCCAAUGGGACUGAUCAAUAUGCUUUACUGUAUAAGCUUCAUGCAUUGGCACUGUGGUGGACAGUUUUUUGGGAGACACUGGUUGAAUGUCUAUGCAGUAAAACUUUUAUGCACUUUUA